AUGGUCGUCGCGACGCCGGACGAUGCCGCGCCCAAGAAGCGGCGCAUGACCAUCAAGCUCCCGAUCAAGCCGUCGCAGGACCCGCGGCUCGACCACAUCAAGUCGAAGCGUGCGAAAGCCCUGGAAGGCCUCCGCCGGUACACGUACGAGCUCCAGGAGCAAGUGACCAAGCUCAAGCGCGGCCACGUCGCGAUGCUGCCCUGGGACGACGUCGCGCUCGCGCUAAAGGAAGACAUGCUCGAGAAGGUCCGCGACAACCGCGCGCUCAAGCAAGAGAUGGAGCACCGCAAGCGACUCUGCCGCUUUCUCCACGAGUGCCUGGCCCGCGCCAGCCCCCUCGACGUGGUGCCGAGCCUUGCCGAGGAGACGUGGCGUCACUCGCAGCUCCUCUCAGGCGCCUCGCGCAACCUCGGCUGCGAGUGGAUCCUCAACCAGCUGUAUUACAACACGGAGCGUGCGAUGGCCCAUGUGCAUUUCCCCGACGACCCAAUUCAGCAGCUCGACUGCAUUGACGUCAACAUUAUGAUCACGGCCGACAACCUCAUUCGCGCCGAAGUCAUGUCGCAAGAGUACCUUCCGUACUCGCUCGAGCACGUCUCGGAGGCGUACAGCCUCGCGGCCGAGAGCUUUAGCAAGGCGUACUUGCGCAAGGUCGCGGGGUACCUCGAUAGCACCCAAGCAACUUUGACGACCGACAACUUUCAUUACGAGUCGAUGGUCCAGCGCCUACACAGCUGCACGCUCAGCUACAACACGCUCAGCCGCUUCUUCGCUGCCGGGGAUCGGUACGUUCUGGCGCUGCGGACGAUUCUCAAGGACGAAGCCAACCCCGUGUCGAGCUCCACGUGGGUUAUGAACACCAAACAAUGGGUCGUCAUUGACCGGCUCGGGCCGCAGCUGACGCGCUGCCGGACCUUCUAUACGAUUGACCACCCGUUCUCGGACGACACGGGGUAUGUCCCAGUGUCGGACUUGGCGCGUCACCGCGGUCUGCCCUGCCAUGAUGACGACGCGGCCAUUCUGCAGCGGCUGCGCGCGUGGUUUCACGAGACGCAUCACCUCCAGCGCAGCUUUUUUCAAAUGCACGCACGCUGUGUGGCCGACACGCUAGCUGCACGCCGCCCGCCGGCCGAAGGGUUUGAUGAGUGGUCGGCUUUGAUGAGCGACGCGAUCUAGCGAGCCUUAUUGGUCAUUUUAACUUAUUUCUAGCGCGUUACUGUGUGUCGAUGUCC